AGAUAGCGUAGCAUAUAAAGAAAAUUCAAAUUGUAGUUAUCAAGAACAUCAUCACUUUUCGUCGAGUAAGCUGAAGCUCAUCCUGAACGUCUAGCUGGUAGUUAAAUUUUAGAACACAAUUGAAGAACUGAAGCGACGAGAUGAAAAGGACGAAACCAACAUUGAUUAUCAAUUCUCGCCACUACGCACAAAUACAACUUCCACUUUGAAGGACGUGGCUACGUCUAGAUCUGAAGAGGAAGAAGAAAAUGAAUGACAUUUACAAGAAGAAGGAACAUCAAAGUUACGGGGAUAUAAUUCCCCUCGCUGCUGGUGUUGUUCCGCUUGCCGCUACCGGAAUCGCUUUUGAUGAGACAAAGCGUAGGGAUCGCGAUAAAGACAACACCGCAACUACUCGAGGGCGUCGUCGCGAAGGGUUGUACAACGAUGACAAGAAGGACGAAAAUGAAGCUCGCAGCCAUUCGCGUGGUGGAGGAGCUUCCUCUCGCGGGUCUUCGCGCCCAGCUUCCUCGGGUAGUAGCAGACCAGGCAGUGCAGCAUCGCGACCAAGCAGCGCUGGUAGAGGCUUAAGCGCUGCUUUUGCGCCGUCAUCGACCUCGGAUCGACGUAAUAACUGCGAGAAGGAUCGCGUCCUUGUCGUGCCGCCAUCGUCACGUGGUAGAGGACCAUCUUCAAGUAGUGGCAAUCUAGCAGGCUUAUUUUCCUUUUCUCUAGGAGUCACAAGCACAACAGGAGAACCGCCAGGCACACUCCAUUAAGGCUCAGUACUAUUCAUUUUGACAAUGCAUUUCUCCCUGUUUAUUCCUUCUUAGGACCGGGAAAAAUGCAGCCAAGAAAUGAAUUGCUUUGAGCUCUAAGUCUAACUCCAACUCCCACAGGAGAAUACGAGUUCUGUUCUGGUAGAGGGAUCCAAACUGCGCGCAGAAGGCGACGACUCACCACCUCUCGGCAUCAAACGACGUCGUAAACUCAUUUCCGCUAACUUUGAGGUCGAUUCCGAUAGAGAAGACUUAACACAACUUAGUAAUGGUCUCCAUGGAGUGAGCGUCGGCGCAGGUGGGCAUCCUAUGAUCCGAGGAGGCACUGUCGGAAGAACUCCAUCAAGUGGAAAAAACAAUCCUGGUGAUCGUGUUUCGCCGCAGCUUGAUGCUACAUCUCCGCGUAGCUCCGAACAAAAGCACCAGAGAAGCACGAGGCCGAUCAAAAGCACAAUUGUAGGGGGAUUUGCUGCUCCUUCUAAGACUCAAGCUCAAGAAGCACUUACACUUAGUAGUCCGUCUGACCUGGGUGGAGGUCCAAAUCUUGUGGUUGAGGAUGACACAGCAGUGCUUCCAAAGGAAAGUCAACGACUGGUUGAUCGUCUCACGUCCAACAAACAUCCCUCGCAGCAAGAUCAGCAACACACUGCUGCAAAUGUCAACGACCGGGGUACUACCACUUCAUCAACGACGCCACCACCGUACUUGAGUUACAACGCAGAGCCAACGCAGCCGACACAGCACAUUCACGCACUCAGACUGGGAACACUGCACGGAGAAAAAGUUUUGCCACCAUCCGCUCCUGGUUAUGGUCCAUUUCCUGGCGGUCCACAACAACAAGAGCAAUCUACUGUUGGAGGGCAACGAGGUUUUUCUCCCGCAUCGAAAAAGUUUCUGGCAUAUAGUAACUACAGUGGAAACAAUACCGCUCCUGCCAGUGGAGGUUACUCCAGUGUGCUGCUCGAGGGGAGUGCUCCACCUCCACAAAGUAGAGGGCGCAAACGAUCGCCAAAUAAGCCGCCUGUACCGGCGGGUCCUCUGUUUCAUUUGCAUAGUCCUUCGCAGCAAGUCGUUGGCCCAAGGCUCGCUAGCAGGCUUUGGGCAUCCAGUGGGAGCAUUAGUGCUGGGAUAACCCACAGAACACAGAACAACAAGAGAACAAUGAUGAAUGGUGGGCGUGAAGUAGGCGGUGGGUUCCUACACAAAAUUGCUGGUCGGAGAGGACGAGCCUCAUCACAAAAUAAAGAUCAUGUAGUUUUUCAAACCUCCACGCACCAGAGCAAACAUGCAGCAAAUCACGUAGUUCUUCAAGGAGGUGAAGAGCGUCGAAGAGAUGAAGAUGAACAAGAAAGUGAGCUAGACUAUCUCGAACAGCAGCAAAAACAAUAUGACGAGGAAUACGAGCAGCGACUGUUGAGGAUGAAUGAGACAGCUUCCGCUGGGAGUGCUAGUGGUCAAGAUGAUCCUUCAUCUGGUGAUCAUCAAUUACGGCUAGGUUAAAGGUGUUCCCCCUGUUAUACCGUUCGUUUUGCCUUUCUCAAGGGGGAAGGGGAUAACGAACAGGAUCAGCGGGCACCAAAACCCCACCGCUAAGGCAAGCAUCAAAAAAUACAACAGUACAUCAUGUUAACGUUUCUGUACCUAGUUCCGGAAGCGCCUUGUGGCAAAACCGCGGAUGGCAGCAUAUCGAAAGUUCUAUAGAAAGUGUUCCUUUAGAACUGAGCCAGCAACCUGCUGCUUCGGACGAUGAGGCUCCGACGAGGCACCUUCCGGGUUUGCUGGAAGAGAGCGAUGAAGACGGAGAAGGAGAAGGCGACGGAGGAAUGGGAGGCAAUGGCGUAAUAAAUGAGAAAGCAGAUACGACGAAUGUUAAGGCUUGUUUUCAUCAUGCGUUUACUGAUCAAUCUAUCGUCGUCGACCCAGAAGUGGAGUCCAAAUGUAUCUCUUUCUCUUACUUAUCUAGAAACGAACGACCGCUCAUCUGAUUUUAGUAAAGUAUGAUAGGUGCAGGUGGUACAUCAUCACUACGGCUACAGCACUAGCUAUUCUUCCUGUACAUCCCUGCUCUCUAACACCUCUAAUACGUCGAAAAACGCCAAGUCUAGUUCACCUAGGAAGAAGAAAUCUGGCGCGCCGACUGCAUUUCAGAGCGUGGACGAGAACACCUUGAAGGAGAACUUAUCCGAACUCCUGCUUCCUCGAAACAUCAGCACUGAGAAGACACCUCUCUCAAGGGGUUUGUUUUCCAAUCGAACCACCUCAGCAGCCACUCUGGCGCGCCAACAGCAUAGUCGCCCUUCGUCUUCUGAUGGAUCCAGGAAACAGGAUAUUAAUUAUUCGGCGGAUCAACAUAGCCCGUCUUCAUCGUCAAAUAAGAGGAGUUCCAUGAUGUCCAACAUGCGGAACAAUCAAACGUCGAGUCCAGGUAAAAGCUCACAACAUCUUCAUACCUCGCCCAGCUAUUUGAAAGGACAACUACCCAAUUUGAGCGGCACCGGACAACGUCAACAAGUAGGAGCACUACAGCAACAAGGGUAUUUAGGCACUUCCUCGGAUCAAUCGAGACCUACCUCGGGAGUACAAGCGAAUCUCAACACCACGAGUAACCUAAUACUGAACUACAAGAAAACCCGGCUGAGUUUGGAAACGCUUCCGAUUUUUUUGGAAAAAGUUCAGUUGCUCUACUCUUUUGACACGCAAUUCCCUAGUUUCCAACAGUUGGUGAUUCAAGCCGACCGAGGAACGCAAAUUCGCCUCGUGAUGGAAUACAUGCAGCAUUUGAAGACCAAGGGUAUCUUAGCACCUUGUUUCUCGAUCCAGGUGGUGAAACUUAUGACAGGACGAGGAGGGACAGGGACUUUUUUACUUGAUGACCACAAUGAAUAAAUAAGAUGAAACAGAGUAAAUGAAUGAGGACAAGAACGUGAUGAGCAUGUUGGAGUUAAGAACUUUACUACGUUUAUAGUAUAAACGUAGUAGUAUAUACUAGAUGUCCAACAUGAUCAUGCUGAGAUGACAAGCAUCUUCUUGAAUUCACCUCUAACAAGCGCCGCAUACUUGAUGAAGCCUCUUCGACCUCAACGCCCGCACUUUGCCACCAACGUGACGAGAGCAUCAAAAGGGAUCGUCACGGCAUAGCCGACGACGAUGGGGGACCAGCUGCCGUGGGAGAAGAUGCUGAGGAUGAUGACCGUUUGUUAAUGAUAAUGGAGGAUGACGGCGACGACGAGGAUGUAAUGAACUCUGUGAAUCUUUCCACCUCCUUUAUGUUGUCCACCUCGUCGCGCCCAGCCAGUGCGCAGAGACCACCAAGUGCGAGACCGAAGGCGUCACUACAUCUGAGGGAGACCACCAAGCAGCCAUCUUCUACCAAACGAGAACGACCACAUUUACAGCGUCCUAUGAGUGCCAUCACGACCCCAACCGGAGGUCGAGGAGAAACUAGAAACGAUACUGCUCGUUAUGGAGAAGUUGUCGGCAAAAUACAAGAAGAAGAUAGUCUAAAAAGAACCCAAGGUGUACUCCGUCUAGGUCAGCAUGAUCUUCACCAUUUAGUACCUCGUGGAGGUCGUUUGCACACUAGUACAACAGCAACGCGCCCAGCCAGUGCUCCAUUAACAGGAGGGCCAUUGCAGAAUCGACAAAUCGUGGGUCUCACCAACGUUGAUACAGAGCACGUCAACAUGAAGAAUAAUACCAGCAGGAGAUCCGGCGACCUUCUCUAUUUAAGGCUAAUCACUGCAGAUGUCUCCUUCAAACCAUCCCUCUUGGUUUUUUUUUCUAGUACAGGGCUACUUACCUAUUAAGGAGAUCUAAUUUAAGUAAUUAUUAUCCAUUCUAUAUUUGAAAAGAAGCCAAGGAGGUUCCGGGUAAGGAUGUCAAUGCGGUAGCCCUAAGGUAUGGUAAAAUGGACCACGGAAGAGACGAAGAUGACCUUGCGGAAGAGACAGAAGUAUGUUACUUUCUAGACGAAAGCGACUUUGAUAGAUGCGUUCCCCUCGUUCGUUUUUUUACUUAAGGCUACCCCAAAUUCAUCUCAAGAAGGAGCUUCUUUGGUCGCUUUUCUAAAUGAAAAACACGCCGGCCUCCAAAGACGACCUCUAACAAGAUGAAGUAAGGUGGUACCGAAGUAACCUCUAACUUGGAGCACGUUUGAAAACCCUAGAAGGUGAACUGGAUACGUUACCAAGUGAAGCAAAGCGGUUAGCGGACGAAAACGCGGAUCUGAUGGCGAAAGCCCAACAUUUGAGUGCCCGAUUGGAUAAUGUUGAGACACGCGCGCGCGACGAUGUCUUGCGUGAGAUGACCGACGUCUAUGUCGAAGAUUUGAGCCACGUGCUCAUUGGCGGAGAACAAGGAAAGGAGCGGCUGAUGCAUGCUGUUCCGAACAUCGUAGGAGGUCCGGUUCAGCCACAUUUUUCGGGUUCGCGUGAAGGAAACGCGGCAUUGAUGUCGCUGCGACGUGAUGGCGAUGGAAAUUAUGCAGCUUUGUGUUCCCGACUUGACGAUGGUGGAGAGCGUCAUCAUCUUCCUAUAGGACAACAAAGAGGUGAUCAAUUACGACAGAAUGUGCUGAAUUUUCAAGAUCAACAACAGAAGAGGACGAGGACGAGCUCAUCAUCUUCCAACUUUGACAACUUCUAUGGAAACCACCAGCUGCAGGCUUUCAUCGAGAAGAAAAACUUGCGCAACGACAAAGCGAACUUCAGCAGAUGGAGCCAGAAGACAAGAAGUAGUAAUAGAACGACAUGUAGUGCCUCAGCCCACACCGGUCGCUGGGACAUCUUGCAUGAUGACCAAAAACACGAGAUGCUUGGGGCUUACCAGAGGGAGUGUUUUCAGCUCAGAGCACACAUUCAGAAUCUUCGAGAAAAACACGCAGAUUUUGAUCGAGCUCAAUUCGAUCUCUUGAAGGGAGUUUUGCGAACACCAGCGUCGGUUGUUAUGGACUUGUCUGCUUAGUAGAUCAUGCAGAAAAGGGCUAACACUUCUAAGUAGAGUAGAUUAUGAAGUAGAGAGUGUACUAGUAGUAAUACUAGGCAUAACAUCCCUUCUGUAGUACAGUACUACAGAUGGGAUAUUUGUAUGCCUAGUUUGAUGACAGAAAUACAAUCAUGCUGAGGGGCCGGCCGUGCCUCUUGAUGUGGGUGAUGAAGACGGCACCGAUUUUUAGCAAUGUCUCUAACUCAAGUGCACUGGAUCCAGCAAAAAGCGAUGUAAUGCGACGCGAGGCAGAGCAAUUGGUGAGACAGAACAUCAAUGCGUUGUACAACAACUUUUAUGGCAAUGAAAAAUUUGGAAAAAACGGUUACUCUAAGAAGACUCUAUUUUUUGUCCUGAAGUUCGACCCAAAAACAUUGAUUAUGAGAUCAUGGGAAAAUCGCUGCUAGGCACUCCUUCCAUAGCUAAGUACUUACAUUGGUUUUUAUGAUUCAAUGAAAAAUAAGGCAGAAGGGCUACGUCAUUAUGUGCCGCUGUGAGUUCUGAUUCUUAAUAGAGUCUAAAAAAUCGAGGAACAAGCUGCAGGGCGAUGGGACGCUACAAAACACGCGCAAGAGAUGUUGAUGCAGAAAAGCCAGACAAAUUUGAGGAAAUGCGUGAAGGAGGUAAUGAGCAGAUCGAAGUGUUAAAUCAAUCAGAAGUUUGAGGUUUCCGCAGAAAAUUUCGGAAGUACGUAGCAGCAAUUUGUACAACAUAGCUCUUUUCAUCCUCUUCUUCUAACUGCUGCAUUCUCUGCACUCAUUCAAUGCUUGUUCCCACCACCUGAUCCCAGCUACGCCAGGUCCACGCGAUCACCGAGCAGGCUAUCGGAUGUACUAUGCGUGAUGUAGCGUCUAUGAACGCCAAGCUCCUCGAUGACGUGCGGCCACCCUCAGCUUGGUUACUAUCUCAGUACGGUCUCCUAAUGGGAUCUAAGACAGACGAACUCGAGCACGAAACCACAGAUACUGAACAAGAUCAUAGGACUACCGCGACUCAAGAAACAAGAACACGAUCUUCAAGAGACCUGAAGAAGGUUUUAUCGAAGGAUUUCAGCUUAGAGCUGCAGAGGGCGCAAGCAGCGGCUGCCGAGACCUUCUUUCCUCUGGCCGGAUCUUCAGAUAAACCAGCAAACGAACAACGACAUAUUAAGGCGUGAACGAUUUAUUCUCAGAUAGAAAACCUUAACCUCCCCUGGAUGUUAAAAGUUUGUCAAUCAUAUAGAUAUAUGGCUCUUUGUCGUUAGGAAAUUGUAAACCAGAGCAACCUACUAGUACUAGAUUUUCUAGUACAGUAUAACAUCAGUUACGCUUACGGACCCUAGCUAUCAAAAUGCUGGUGAAAGAACAUCAGGAGUUGAUUUUCUGAGCUGUUUCAAAGGUAAAGGUUGCGUAUUCUUGAGUGGAUGUAGUAGACGCUAACGCGUAAAUAGAAUAAUGUUAAUGUUUUUCUAAGAAGCCUGUUCCACCAGUAGUUUCGGCGCAUCAACACCGUCAAGAGCAGUUCCACAGGAGGACAAGACCAACAUACCAGGACCGUUCCCCACUAAGAGAAGUACUACAGAAGUCAGAAGUUGUGGCCUCGACGUCGGAGGAGGUGAAUCGAAUGUUACAACAAGUAGACGACGUACCCCCGACCAGGACCACUAGUGCUACUUUCGUACUGACAAAAUUGCCAGAUAAUUGCGACCUCCAAGAUGAUAAGGAUAACCAGCAGGAUCUUCAGAAUGAUCAGGAUGAUAUUCAUCGAGAGGAACGUGAAGACCUUCAGAUAGUUCCUGCUUCCUCUUCGAACAUGCAGUUUGUGGUCGGAGCGCUCGUCCCGGCAAGAGGAGGAGCAGAUGAAAGAGGAGAAGCUGGGCUGGAGGUAGUAGAAGCACAGGUAGAAGGCGCGUCAAUGAAUUUGUUAGACCGUCAAGGUGUUGUGCGCUUGGUUCAGAACCCAACUAGUGCAAAACUACGCGCGGCAGCAGCGCGACUGGAACGUCAUGUAGAUCUCGCAGCAUUAGGUGAUGACAAGGAGAACUUACCUGAGACCCAGCAGGAUGCUGUUGGAACUACUUCUAUUUCACGACAAGAUGAGAAUGUUACCUCCAAGAAUGUUCAUCGGAAACCUCUUUAUUCUCAGAUUCAUCCGUCCACGAGCGGCAACCGACGUGGCAACAAAGCAGGUCUGGCCACAGGUUGGCGGUUCAACGAUCCACGCUUUGCCCUGAUCCGAAACUGCAGUAUCUUAGGGAUUGUAGUUGUGUUCUAUUUUUACCUCUUUCUCUUAUUACCUCAAGUAGAAUCUAAAUGUAACGCUAAAGCAGGUACUCCUCUCCUGUAGAAAUAGUAAAGAAAUUCAUUUGAACAAGAAGCGGCACCUCUAGUCGUGAAAAAUUUUUAUAAAGCGCAUCAUCAUCUUCAAGGAAAGAGAAUGAACCCCGCAUCCAUACACCAACCCAGCAGCACUACACCACCAUACCCGCUUAAGGGCUGGGUAUAUCGCCUUUCUUUCGGUUUUUGUUUCUUCUACUUAGGUCUGCUCCACCAAUAUCGUCAUAGUUGUACUGCACGACCUCAACAUCUAAGUAUCCCUACAGCAAAGUCUGGCCGUUUUACUCCCAGAUCGAGCCGAAAUGCGAUAUCGGAGACACUUCAGGUUCUCCGAAAGGAAGCAUCCUCUAUUAAGGCGGCUACAGCUGGAGCAUAGCCUUAACAUCAUGGUGCUUGCUUGGCCUUGGUUCAUCUUUUAUUUUUCUACGUGAAAAAGUAAAGAACAAGCACGGAUUAUGCUCUCAAGGAAGAUGGACUACGGUAUCUCUAACUCUAGUAAGCGUGCGCCAUCGUCUACGAAGCCUCGAAAUUAUCGCCAAAAUCGGCAAGAUGAAGAAACAUCUUCUGCUCCGACAGGUACUACUACAACUAGGGAAACAAAGGACUGUAACGAAACUGUUGUGAGGGCCGUAAGCGGAGGAGGAGGAGACGCCAUAGGACGAGGAGAGGGAGACGAAAUGCAAAAGAAAAGCGAUACUGAAGAUGCUAACUACAGUGGAACAACAUUGAUGUCUUCAACGACAUCCAGCACCUCCAGUAGAAGGAACUACAAGACCACAGACACUUCUGCUUCUACAGUAAGUGGCACAAGAACAUCAAGCACCGCCGGUUCCGGUAGUUCUAAAAAAGCUAAGAGUGGAGGAAGACCUUCAUCUGGUAGUGCUAGUAGUGGUUCUUGUAGUUCUGGAUCUGGUAGGGAUAGUACUAGUGGUUCAUCUUGUAGUUCAUCCGGAAUAACACAACACAACAAGUCCACGCAAGAAAUGGGGAAUACAGAUGCAGAAUGGAGGAGCAGUGGACAUUAUACGAAGAUCGCUGCUUCGUUGCAGGAUGUGUUAUCAUUCGUGAAAGAAACACAAGACCUCAAGAGCACAGGAGAAAACGAUGCACAUGUUCUUCUUGAUAACCUCGAGGAAAACAAUUCCUGUCUUUACAACACGUCAGCGUCAGGCGGAUCAGCCUCAACGACGCGGCCCUUCUCCGCAGGAGCCUUCAGUAGUGCGAACUUGAGCGAUCGUGUUAAAGGAGGUAAAGAACGCGGUCAAGCCAAAUCUACCGAUGAAGAAUACGCGAACAGCGAAGAAGUGGAGCCACAGUGUUUGUUUUCUUCUACUUCUUCGCGACCUACCAGUGCCUUCAGCUCGCGACCGGGGAGUGCAUUCACUUCAUCUCGUCCGCCAAGUGCAUUCACUGCCUCCAGACCAACUAUUAAGAAUUGACUUUUUUUCUUCACUCCUUAAUACUCAACACACUCACCCCUUAGUGUCUGCUCUUUCUCGAUUCGAGAUAUCUUUGAUGUUAGUUGUCAAUAAUCGCUCUUCAUGUAGUUAGUCUACUCGGCACAACUGUUAUACUAGUCAACACUCGCUGUUGUUGUUAGAAGUCUGCUCCAACUCCUCAGUACUGCAUCACCGCCAGACAACUUGUCUAUGUCAGCGAGAUUUAUCGUUCCCCUAUUUGUACUUAGUUGAUUCUUCCUGUUUGUUGAAGAUAUCGAACAUUUGUACUUCAGUCUUCGAGCGUUGUUAUAUCUUCCUCCCCAUUUGUAAUGUCCGAAGAUGUGACUAAUGGAUGCGUCACUUCUGAAGGAUUAUCAUUAUGUGGACGCAGAAGCACUUGCACUUCUAAUCUUUGCGCGUUUGCCUCGAGGCCACAGUCAGCUUUUGCGUCAAGACCACAGUCAGCCGCGUUGUCACGACCACAGUCCGCGGUACAGCUUUACAAGCAUGCUGUGGGCCUUGAUGCCGUAUUCGAGUUCGAGUCGACGUCUAAACUCGCGUCUAAACUCGGCAAAACACAGACGAGUGCAUCUUAAGGCCAUUUCCUAAUGCUACUAGAGGAUACUAGUACAUCUUGCUGGAAGAUGAUCACUUCUUAAGUACUAGUCUACUAGAAGAAGUAUUUUUGCGUAUUGUUUGAAGAUAAUGCUCAUGUAGGUCCUAGAGCUUCUAGAAGGACUUUUCAUAUUGUGAAACUCUUCAUGUUGGGGAAGCACCUAGAACACACUACACUAGAUGUAGCCGGUCUUUCUAAUCUCCAGGAUCUGCCACGGAGCCGGGAUCAGCCACAAGCAGUGCAGCUUCUAGUGGUACCGCGACACCUCUACUGAAUACGACGCUCUAAGCCAAUCAUUGUGGACAUUGACCGAUUGGCGCUGUCUUAACCCAAGGAGGGCACGUAGAAGUACUUACGUAGUAGAAGGAACAAGUGCGUUACUUCGAUAAGGAAGUCAGGAACAGCAAGUUAAUAAGUCAGAAAGGAGAAGUUACUCAAACCCACUAAAAAGAUUCAGAUUGUUGACUAAAACUAGGCAUAGGCGCAAAAGACUCCCAGACAACUUUCGCGUGUAGUUGAUACCGUUAAGUACUUGCAAAGGACCACAGAUCGUUGCAAGCCUUGCCGUAAUACACUCUCUCAUAAAAAUAAAACUGUCAUGGCACCACUUAUUAAGUUGCAAAAAUAAUAGUUAGUUAGUCCCUUCAACUAAUGUCGUGCUCGUGGUAUGAGUAUUUAAAUUGAUCCCUCUUUCUAUUGUAGUAUUUCAGUUUCCAGCUCGUCACAUCUAUUUAGUUCUUGAAUUAAGGCUCAAUAUAUUUCGCUUCUACAAGUCAUUUCUCCCUACUUAUCUCUUUCUUAGGAUUGGGAGAAAUAUAGGCAAGAAAUGAAUUGUUUUGAGCUCUAAUUGAACUCCACCACUCGCUCUCAAAUCUGCAGUGUCCCUAUCUAGACCCAUGACUAGAGCACUCAAAGGAGCGUAAGAAUCCCCACUGGAG